CAGAAAAAGGCCUCGGAUCUCGCUGCCGAUAUUUAAGAAGUGGAGCAAGGGAUUCACUUGAUCAUCCUUCCUGCUCAGACAGUGGGGAGGGAUUCACUCGAUCAUCUGACUGACUGACAUGCCCAUCGUUUUACACAGGGGGGAGCCCAUUCAUCUGCUCAGACAGUGGGAAUGGAUUCACUCGGUCAUACCAACUAAUGGUACACCAGCAGAUUCACACUGGGGCAAGGCCAUUCACCUGUUCUAUGUGUGAGAAGGGAUUCAGUCAGUCAUCCCACCUCUGGCCACACCAGUCAGAUCACACUGGGCAGAGGCUGCUCAUCUGCUGAAUUUGUAGGGAAGGAUUCACUCGGUCAUCUGCCCUAAUGGCUCACCAGCGAGUUCACACUAAUGAGAGGCCAUUCAUCUGCUCAGACUGUGGGAAGGGAUUCACUCAGUCAUCCACCCUAAUGGCACACCAGCGAGUUCACACCGGGGAGUGGCCAUUCACCUGCUCAGUCUGUGGGAAGGGAUUUACUUGCUCAUCUAAACUGAAGGGACAUCAGCGAUUUCACACCGGGGAGCGGCCAUUCACCUGUUCAGACUGCGGGAAGGGUUUCACUUGCUCAUCUGACCUGAAUGUACACCAGCGAGUUCACACUGGAGAGAGACCGUUCAAUUGCUCAGACUGUGGGAAGGGAUUCACUCAAUCACACACCCUGAUGGCACACCAGCGAGUUCACACUGGAGAGAGGCCAUUCACCUGCUCAGACUGUGGGAAGGGAUUUAUUCGGUCAUCCGACCUACUGGUACACAAUUCAGUUCACUCUGGGGAGAGGCCGUUCACCUGCUCAGACUGCGGGAAGGGAUUUACACAGUUAUCCCAACUGAAGGUACAUCAGCGAGUUCACACUGGGGAGCGGCCGUUCACCUGCUCAGACUGUGGGAAGGGAUUCACUCGGUCAUCCGAACUGCUGGGACACAAGUCACUUCACACUGGGGAGAGUCCGUUCACCUGCUCGGACUGUGGGAAGGGCUUCACUUGCUCAUCCCAACUGAAGGUACACCAGCGAGUUCACACUGGAGAGCGGCCAUUCACCUGCUCAGACUGUGGGAAGGGAUUUACUAAAUCAUCUCACCUACAGAGACACCAGUCAGUUCACACUGGAGAGAGGCCAUUCACCUGUUUGCACUGUGGGAAGGGAUUCACUCAGACAUCUCACCUACUGAGACACCAGUCAGUUCACACUGGAGAGAGGCCGUUCACCUGCUCAGACUGUGGGAAGGGAUUCACUCAGACAUCUAACCUACAGAUACACCAGCGAGUUCACACUGGGUAGAGGCCGAUCACCUGCUCAGACUUUGGGAAGAGAUUCUCUCAGCCAAAUCAACCAAAUGUGCAUCACUGAGUUCACACUGGCGAGAGGCCAUUCACCUGCUGUGAAUGUGUGAAGCUAUUCACUCAGUCAUCUAACUUUAUGUAACUCGCUUCGGCUAGCAGCUUAAUAUAGGCCCUAUAUAAUUUAAUUGUAAGAAAUUACUCCUUGAA